AUGUGGGCGGCAGUCACAAGCGUUGGCUCGAAGAAGAGUGGCGAGAAGACUUGCACGAAGGAGCCCUUUCUAAGGGUGAUCUUCACAAGCGUUGGUUUGGUCUUUAUAUGUCCCAAUGUGGACGGCAAGCUCAAGGUCUACGCUGAGAUGUCGGUCGAGGCCAACGUCAACUACGGCUUUACCCUGAUCGGCAAGCUUGGGGGCUCGUAUGGCAUCGAUAUCUCCGACUCGUACCUCUACUACCGCACCGGCGGCAACGUUAACUCCAAGUUCGUCAUCGACGCCGCUGUCACGGCUCACUUUGACACUGGCGAUGUGCUCAUGUUCAGCGCUGAUACCUUUGGUGCCGCCUUCACGUUAGAAGGCAAGGCAACGCUCGGCGUCAACUUUGAGACCAAGGUCAAGCUCGCCGAGUGGGACGUAUACCAGACCUUCCCUGCCGUUAACAAAGACUGGGAGCCCGAUGCCUCCGACCCUUCCGCGAGAUCUGCCAAGCAGACGCUCGAGCCUGAAUUCGAGUACGGCGUCUCGGUGAGCGGUCACAUAUCUGCCCACGUGAAGCCCACCAUCACCUUUGGCAUUGACUGGAAUGAAAAGUUCACCUCGCUCGACUCCUAUGCCGUCAACCUGGUUGCUGAUGGGCACGUCACCUUUCAUGCUGAAGCCAAGGCGGGCAGCAGCGGGAAUAGCUUUUGUUACGGUAUCGACGUCGGUGCAGAUCUCUAUGCUACCCUCGAGGCGCCCAAGAUGUUCUCGUGGGCACUUCCCAAGUCCCCCUUCAUGAUCAUGCCGGCCUAA